AUGUGUAGAUGGGUCUUCUUAGUUCCCUAUCUGUUUUUCCUGGUUACCUGUGGUGUCCCCCUAUUCCUCUUGGAAACAGCUUUGGGCCAGUACACCCGUAAAUCUGGCAUUAUCUCCUGGAGGAUCCUCUGCCCACUGAUUGAAGGUAUUGGUUAUGCAGGCCUGAUCAUCAUUAUUUAUUCUGCCAUCAUAUACAUCAUCGUCCUGGCCUGGGCGCUCUUCUAUCUAUUUCAAUCCUUUAGCACGGUGUUACCCUGGGCCAGCUGCAAUAACACCUGGAAUACAGACACCUGCAAGGAGUUUGACAAGAGUGGCCUUUCUGCCAACAGGACAAAAGUGGAGAAUGCCACCUCACCAGCGCUGGAAUUCUGGGACAGACGGGUGCUGAACAUCUCUGCAGGGAUUGAUGAACUGGGCAGCCUGAACUGGGAGAUGGCACUGUGCCUUCUCCUCGCCUGGAUUAUCUGCUAUUUCUGUGUCUGGAAGGGGGUGAGAUCUGUAGGCAAGGUGGUGUAUUUUACGGUCUCAUUCAUUUACAUUAUGCUGAUCAUCCUCUUGGUGCGAGGACUCACUCUCCCUGGGGCCAAGGAUGGCAUUAUUUACUACUUGUAUCCGGAGCCAUCUCGACUUGCAGACCCUCAGGUCUGGAUGGACGCUGGAACUCAGAUUUUCUUCUCUUACACUCUCUGCAUUGGCUGCCAGACAACACUCAGCAGUUACAACAAGUACACAAAUGACUGCUACAAGGACUGCAUUUACCUGUGUCUCUUGAACAGUGGAACAAGCAUCUUAGCUGGCUUUGCUGUUUUUUCGACACUGGGCUUCAUGGCUUAUGAACAAGGUGUGCCCAUUGAUGAAGUGGCAGAGUCGGGUCCGGGCCUCAUUUUUAUUGUGUACCCCUAUGCCAUCUCCAUGAUGCCUCUCCCUCAACUAUGGACCUUCUGCUUAUUUCUCAUGGUUUUUCUUCUUGGACUGGAUACUCAGUUUAUGACCAUUGAAAUCAUCAUGGCCACUACCAAGGACCUGUUUGCUCAUCUGUUACAAAAGGAAAGAUAUUUACAGGCUCUACUGCUGCUCAUCUGUAUCUCUUCUUACUUACUAGGACUUCCGAUGCUCACAGAGGGUGGGAUAUACAUUUUCCAGAUCAUCGACUACUAUGGAUGCAGUGGGACCUGCUUUCUGUUUAUUGCAAUCUUCCAGUCCAUUGGCAUUGGCUGGAUAUAUGGCACUGAUCGCUUCUUUGACAACAUUGAAGACAUGAUAGGCUAUCACCCAGGAUGCUUCAUUAAAUUCUGCUGGAGUUUCUUCACACCAGUCAUUUGCAUUUGCACUUUUAUAUUCUCUCUGGUGGAUUACACCCCAUUAAAGUACAACAACACCUACGUAUAUCCAACAUGGGGGUAUGUCCUGGGAUGGCUUUUCUGUCUGUCCUCCAUUAUUUUAAUGCCACUUUGGAUGCUUUUCAGACUUUUUUGGGCCAAAGGAACGCUUUGUGAGCGCUUCCACUCACUUUGUGAAUCCAGACUUCAGCAAAGCAAGAAUAAAAUACGAGUCAAAAUGGAUGGUAACAGAACAGCCCACAAAUCAGGGGAAUAUAAAGUUACUAAAGUUAAUAACAGGAUAUGGGAGGAAACUGGAGUACCAAGUGAAAGAACUCCUGCAGGCACUAGGAGAACAUGGCUGUGUGAUUUGAAUCCAAGACCACCAAGUUUAUGAAGAAGCGGUGGUAGUCUCUGUGCCACCAUGCUACCUUAAUGACACAUGUUUGAAAGAGUCUACUGAGGUGGCAGUCUUCUCUAUGUACAUGUCAAGCCUGACAAUAUUUUCUUUUAGAUUCAAUCAAGAAUACAUUUCAUCCAAUCUUUCCAUUAAGUGGAAUUGCUUAUCUAAUUAGGUUUGAUGGAAACCUACAGGAACAAACUUCAAAUGGGACAACAGUAGUAAAUGUAUUGUAAGAAAACAUCAUUUUAAAACUGUCAAUGUUACUUCUGUACUCUCCUUGCCUUCAUAGCAUCGUAAUUAUUACUAACUUAUUAUUGUGUACUUAACAGUAUCUUGUGGGUCAACUCUCCGACUCUCGCAACUCCAUUUCGUGGAUCUUCAUGAAGUCAGCAGGCUCCAGUCGUUAGAUUAUCCUGACUCUGCCUCAGUCAGCAGUGGCUAUCCUUUCUAGAAAAGUGGCGACCAUCAAAUGCCAGACCAGCAGCUCUCAUUAUUUUCCUAUUGGAAAGUGGAUAUAUAAUGAGUGGAACAAAAACCUCUCCUCAGUACCCGUCUGCAGUGCCAGCUGUAGAGCGGCUGUUGUCAAGCCUGUGUUAUUGUUUGUGGUGUAAAGUCACUGAUGGGUGAGGAAGAGAAGAAGGCAGUAAAUUAUAAAUGAUUGGAUGUAUCUACUUGAUGUCCUGAAACAGUACAAUUAGAUGCCUAUUUUUAAUUUGAUCUCAAAAGUCAAAAACUUGGUCAACUGUCUGUGUAAAAUAAGGAGGGUGUACUGAGGGUCUGAGGGGGUGUUCUCUAAAUCCCCUGAUAACCAGAUUAACUUGUCAGUUUUUGGACACCUUGCCCCACUUUCUUCUAACAUGACACUCUGUGGAGUGAAGGAGGGAGACACAGAAUGACAAAAAACAAAGUACAGUUGCAAGCGCCACACACAGUUUCACCAUCAGACUGUGAUUAAGGGGUGGCUGGAGGACUGGGUUUGUUCUACAGAUGAGACACACACUUUGAGACUUGCCACCAGACUGUAGACCUUGGGAUCUAACCUGUUAUCCUUAUUAAACUGCCAAGGUUUUGCCAAAAACAAAAACCCUUGUCUUACUGCACUUGGCACCUUUCAAUAAUGAGCACCAUCCUUCGUAGCUUUGCAAGUGCAGUCGUUCAUUUUCAUAUUUUGUGAAUGCCACGGAGGAUGGACUGGCAUCCCGACUAUCAUUUCUUACAGUUUCUGUGAGAGGCCAUAAUGGAAGGACAGCAUAGAUGGAUGUGCAACAUGGCUGGAAUGGUUUUCAGUUUUUAUGCCAGUUGAGUUGAAAGAAUAAUGGAUGGACUGGAGGAGUCCAAGUAUCAACAAUAAUUCAUCCCCACAGUAGAUGAGGUGGCAGUGCUCAUUUGGCUUGGUUCCAGUAUGGACAAGGCUGCAUGGGACUUGUAGUUCAAAAGGGCAAUCCUGUCUUGACCCUUGGGUGCCAUCAGAGGGCACUGCUGGGAGACGUCCUUCCAGUUUUGUGGAGCUUUUGUAUGA